AUGCGAGUGCAGCUGCCAUUCAGACUAUCAUCAUCAUCACUCUUUACUCGCACUUUCUCUCUCUACUACUCAAAUCAUUUUCUCUCUCUAAAAAACUACACGAUCAUGGCUGCCGCUGCCACCGCCGAUGAAUUUGUGAAAGGAAACGUAUUACCAAACGGCGUUGCCGUUAUCACUCUCGAUCGUCCUAAAGCUCUCAACGCCAUGAAUUUAGAUAUGGAUUUAAGGUACAAAAGUUUUCUUGAUGUAUGGGAAACGGACCCGAAGGUGAAAUGUGUUCUGGUUGAGAGCAGUUCAUCGCGUGCUUUUUCUGCAGGAAUGGAUAUUAAGGGGGUUGUUGCUGAAAUUCAAAAGGACAAAAACACACCUCUUGUGCAAAAGGUUUUCGCUGCUGAAUACUCUCUUAUUUGUAAAAUAUCCGACUACAAAAAGCCCUACAUAAGCUUCAUGGAUGGUGUGACAAUGGGAUUUGGUAUUGGCUUAUCUGGACAUGGCCGCUACAGAAUUAUAACGGAGAAAACACUUCUUGCUAUGCCAGAGAAUGGCAUUGGUUUGUUUCCGGAUGUUGGCUUUGCUUACAUUGCAGCACAAAGUCCAGGAGAAGGAUCAGUUGGUUCCUAUCUUGGAAUUACCGGCAACAGGAUUUCAACUGCAGCUGAUGCACUUUAUGUGGGUCUGGGAACACACUUUGUACAAUCCGGAAAUCUGAGUGCACUUAAGGAGGCUCUCUUGUCAGCUACCUUUUCUGAGGAUCCCCAUCAUGACCUCCAAUCGAUAUUAGCAAAAUACAGUAGCAACCCCGAGUCAGAAUCCCGAUUGAAAUUACUUUUGCCUCAUAUAGUUUCAACAUUUGGUGCAAACAAAUCUGUUAAAGAAAUAAUGGAAGACCUGGAAAAGCAUCAACAAAAUGCAGAUUUACCAGUUUCACAGUGGGCAACAGAUGCACUUCUGGGGAUUAAGAAAGGUGCUCCAUUUUCUCUUUCCCUUACACAAAGCUACUUCUCUAGAGUUGCCUCUGCAUGCAAAAACAAUAAAACUGAAUUAUCCAGGCUAAAUGGUGUUAUGAAAACCGAAUACCGCAUUGCUCUAAGGUCGUCAUUUCGAAGUGAUUUUGCUGAAGGGGUCAGGGCAGUAUUGGUGGAUAAGGAUCAGAACCCCAAGUGGAAUCCAUCAAGCUUAGAGGAAGUUGAAACAAGUGAAGUGGAAGCUCUCUUUAAGCCACUCAACUCAGAGGCAGAUGAACUCGGUGUUUAGAUAGUGAUAGUAGGACAAUAUUUAUGUUAGCAUGCAAGUUUAAAGAGAUGAACUUCUAGCUAAUGUUACUCCUUAAUAGUGCGUGCAUGUUGUAGAACUUUUUUUUUUUACAACUUCGUCAUGUAUGAUUUGCGUGACCGUUGUCAGUUUUUUUACUUUAGUAAGAAAUUACACUCGAAGGUGAGUUAUUCUCUUGGAGUCUUGGGUGAAAAA